UGGGACAGGACGGAGCGUGGACAGUGGGAACCUGGCUGUGGCCACCAACGGCCACCAAUGGCCACCAACAAGCACCAAGCCUGGAGAGCCGGACAGCAGGAACCUGGCUGUGGCCACCAACGGCCACCAAUGGCCACCAAUGUCCACCAAUGUUCACCAAUGGGCACUGAGCCUCCUGGAGAGCAGGAACCUGGCUGUGGCCACCAAUGGCCACCAACGGCCACCAACAAGCACCGAGCCUGGAGAGCCGGACAGCAGGAACCUGGCUGUGGCCACCAACGGCCACCAAUGGCCACCAGCGGGAAUUGAGACUGAGAGACGGACAGCAGGAACCUGGCUGUGGCCACCAACGGCCACCAAUGGCCACCAAUGUCCACCAAUGGGCACUGAGUCUCCUGGACAGCAGGAACCUGGCUGUGGCCACCAAGCCUGGAGAGCCGGACAGUGAGAACCUGGCUGUGGCCACCAACGGCCACCAACGGCCACCAACGAGCAUGGAGACUGGAGAGACAGCGAGAACCUGGCUGUGGCCACCUGUGGCCAGCCGAGAGUGGUCGAGCGGAUCCUCAGCUGCUGCUGACUUUGAGGGACCAAAAAUCGCCCAACGCCUCGUCCAGAGCAACAGUGACCAAGGGACAUGGCCAGAGAUGGACACAGGAGAGGUGGACACAGCAGAGGUGGACACAGAUGGACACAGCAGAGAUGGACACAGCCAGAGGUGGACACAGCAGAGGUGGACACAUCAGACAUGGACAUGUCAGAGGUGGACACAGCAGAGAUGGACACAGCCAGAGGUGGACACAGCCAGAAGUGGACACAGAGGCCUGCCGCUGACCCCUGCCACCCCCGGGGGGACAUUCACGACCUCGAGGGGCUUCCUUUGUCCCCCGCAGCCCCGUCCCACCCCAGCAGGGCCAUCCUCGGCCUCGCUGCCGCAGCAGAUCGGCCCCUUUGUGUAUUUAACGCUUCUAACCCGCCCUCCCCGGCACCCCGCGGGUCCCCAAUAG